AGUAACUGUUUACUUUUUUAGGAUUAACAAACCAGGUGGGUUUGAUUUUACUGUGUACACUGGAGUUUCAGAAUCCAGACUGACCGUAUGUAUUGACCGUAUAUGGAGAGUAGAAACGCGGGGCUGUUAAUUUCAGAAAAAGAACUAUUGUUUCUGAAGAUAAUUUGCUCUGGGAGGCCAAAGAGAGGAAGGCUGUACAAAUUUUACUGUCGGAUUCUGACAGGGAAGGCGUGUGAUUAGCUGGAGUCAUGAGGCUGAACUCCUCAGAGUGGUUUUAAUCAACAGUCCACCAGAAGCUCCUUUCUCUGAAGUGGAAAAAACUUUUUUUUUCUGCUUUAACUCGGGUUAGACUGCUCUGCUUGUAUCCGAAAAUGUAAUAUAUUGUAGCUUGGUUGUAAGACUGGAUUUACAGUGGGGUUAUAUUUUCGUCAAGAAAACGACAUUUUUAUUUUUGAAUCUUACUGGACAGCCUACAUUGAUGGAUAUUCUUUAAAAUACUUUUUAAAAACUGAACUACAAAGCAACAUUGAAACCUUUAGGGAUAAAAUGAAACAGAAGUGUUUCUUGCCUUUAAUGUUCAUUUACAAUGUGCUUUUUACACCUCACGGUAUUGCCUCAAUUUUUAAGUACUUUCAAGUACUGCCUCUACGGCUCCUUCAAGUGGAAUGCAGAAAAGAAGAAGUGGAAAAAGUGUCCCUGAACAAGGCUGGAGGCACCAGGAGAGCUAUUAUCCUGACUGGAUUCCACUUAGCGACAGAUUCCGAGGUUCAGCUUUUUCAGCAUUCGCUUGAGCAGCAUGGUUAUGCUGUCAGUCUGUCAAGAUCUACAGAAGCUAGCCCUUUUCUCAUGCCAGAAACCAACGAGCAAGGUAACAAUACUUGGGAUAUCCUGAUAUGCUUGCAAAGUUCUGAAAAAAGCUGCCUCAAAAGAAUGAAGUUUCAUCAACUAAAACCUCAUCAGAAGGUCAACAUGAUACCUGAAUUGAAACAAGCUUUCUCCAGUAAAGAUGGACUCUGCCUUUUUCAAUCCAAUGAAUGGUUGUCAGACCUGAAGCUUCCAAUUGCUUCUUCUGCCUGUGCAGCUCACAGUGGUCAGCCAAGAGAUACCAACAGCUCUGCCAAGAAUGAAUGGAUGAGGUCCAGCGUCCCUGGGAGUCCUUCAGUGGGACAAGGUGUUUUUGCCUUUGUCAAAGUCUAUGUGCUCAUCACGUCGGUAACACCUCUCACAGCCUUCUUUCAUUCCACUGGACUGGUGAGGAGUGAGCCUGUCAAAAACAGCUAUUCAGCUAAGUUGCAGACAUUAUUUCAGAAAUACCUUGGAACAGAUGCCUCGCUUCAAGCUUUGAAAAACAUCAAGGAAGCCAUAAGCAAGAUUUUAAUGGCAGCAGUUCUGUCUAGUGAAACAUCUGCAAAAACAAAAUCUUUAACAAGAUGCAGAUUCUGUUUUCAGAUGAUGACCUUCACAGUAAGCUUGAACUCCUCUCUGGUGCCUGAAGUUCUGAAGGUACAUGAUGAAUUAAACUUUGAUGAUGCAGAAGAUCCAGGUUUUGAUGGCCAAAUAAAGAAGUUCUUCCUUGAGGAUACAAUGAACUUUGUGUUAUCCACUUAUGGUGAAAAUGAGAAAGCACUUCAGACUCUAAAGAACACAGUCAGUGAAUUAUGGGGAAAGGAUGAAAGUUACAUUGGAAUACAAGGCCGCUGUCCAACUUCUGAGGACUUUCACUUGAUUAUUCAGUUUCUAAGGCAACUAAAAAAACAAGGACCUUUUGAAUUGCUUUAUCCAUCAGAUUCACCUCAACUCAGAACAUUUCAGGACAAUCUUUCCCAAAGAGUUUAUGGAAGAGAAGAUUCGCUCAAUGAUGCUGCUGCAGUGAAUCACUGUGUCACAGAGUUAUUAGACAGAAUCUACUCUACUCUCUUAAAGAAGAGUCUGGAUCAUUCUCAAAGGACUGCAGAUCCCGAAAAACAAAGUAACAGAAUUCCCCUUGGUGUUGUUGAAAACAUAGAUACUCACCAGAAAGACAGUUUUCAACAAUCAGAAUGUGCCUAUGAGAAGUGUACAGUCCCCCACAUCAGACAGCUGUAUACAGACCCUCCACUGGAACUAACUCCUCGCUUCACCCCCCGGAUCAAAGAGUACUAUUCUGAAGUGCCAUUUGAUGUGGUGAUGGUGAAGAUUAGAGCAGAACCCGUCAACUGUCGCUGCCAGGUGCAUCUGGAGGAGAGGAAGGGACCAAGAACUGCAAACUACCCUGUGGGCCUGGGAAACAGCAGAAUAAGUAUCCUGGUGGUGGAUGAGUCGCAAGCAGAACCUGUUGUCAUGACAAUUUACACUAUCAACAUUUACAGAGAAAACCGUCCCAGUCUUCCAGUGUUCGAUGACUAUGUGAUGUGCGGAUUUGUACAGGAUUGUGGUCUGAUUAUUCGGCCCAAGGAGCCCUGUGGUUUGGAGCCUGUCCCCAGUAUCCCCCCUCCAGGAUAUUUGCAAGGUCACACACAGGCCUGCCUCUCAGGGGAUGCCAGAGGGCGCUGGGUGGUUCCAUGUCUGAGUUGUUCAGACAACAGAACCUGUGACUGGAGGGAGGUAACCUGGCAACCCGACCACUGCUACCACCCUGUACUAGACAGGCUCCAGCUUCAAGCCUGCAUGAAAGAGAGAAAGGUUCUUUUUAUUGGGGAUUCAACGAACCGAGGAAUGAUGUUCUACCUCAUGGAACGUGUGAACGAGACUCUAGAUGAUUGGGACAAAGCUCAUGACACUGUUGUCUAUCAUAAUGUCAAUGAAGGAAAGACUCUUAUCAGCUAUUCUUACUACCCUCAGUUCUGGUUAAGUAAGGACCAAAGGCCCACAUUUGAGAAGGCACUGCAGCACCUAAUUCUGAGAUCCCGCCCGCUUGAAAACACAGAGCAAACAGUGAUUGUUGUUGGAGGAGUUCAAUGGCUCAGUACUGAUCACCUGACAAUCAUACACCGUGUCCUGAAAAGGGAAAACCUUUUGAAUAUACUUGUUGUGAUAAAAACCCUCGGUAUGGGAUUUCAUCUCCACGUUGAUGGGAUCCGGUCUCUUUCACUGAAAGCUGUGCAGGACCUUUAUUAUGAAAACGAGAAGAUUUUAAUUACUGCCCAGCAGCACGGCUAUGAAGUCAUUGACACUUUCAGUAUUACAAUGGGUCGCUUCAAGGAGUUCCUGCAAGGAAGAUGUGCAUGUCACUUUCAUGAGGUAGGGAAGCGAACAUUUUCAGAUGUGCCCCUUCACAGAAAAAUGAAGCUCUCCAGACACUCUGUGAAAGAUUUUAACAGUCACAGCAAGCUACCAGGACUGCAAGACGUUUUGUCCAUUUCAAACUCACCAUAUCAUGUCAAAGGUCCAAUAAAUCAAGUUUAUUCUGAAAUUCUUCUCAGCAGGAUCUGCUUGAAUAAAAGGAGAGAUUCUAGUGCACAGCCCUAGUAGAUAAAGUCUGCAACGAAGACCCAGGCUCCCUGCUUUCCUCUAAGAUUGGUCCAAGAAUGACAUUAACUCACUUUCUGUGCUUUCUGGUUGGCCAAGAGGGGAACAACCAAAGACAUGUGACACCUUUCCUGGCUUUAUGAGAUCAAGAUGUGCCCCUGUAGAUAUGUGGUUUAAGAAUGGCAGAUGGUGAGAGACUGAAAACCAACAGGACUUGAUGUCUUGCCAAAAAUGAAUAAAACAGCUGUAGACAAAGAAAAAUAUUUUGCACACACUUGUGAAAUCUACAUUAGAAUUCACGACUUAUAUCAAACUACUUGGAACACUUACAUUCAGCAUGGCAUGAAGUGCACUAAUCUGUUCAAAUGUCCUUUAAUUGUAGGCAGUGUUAUUUUGAUUCUAUGCUUAAAUGCAAAUGCCUAUGUACCAUGGCAUGUAAUGACAGAAUUAUAUUUUCUUGAAGCCAUUCUUUUAAAUGGACAGUGACUUAAUGGAUAUCCGGCAGUCUGUUACAGACAUGUUUUCUACAUUUAACUUAACUUACCUCACUGAGUUUUAUAUAAUAAAAUAUUAAAUUCCUAGCCAAAGUUCUCUGACUUUUAAAUUGUGACAAAAAUGUCUUAAAAGUUACAUGUACUAUACAAUGUUAAAGUGUUUAUAAAUAUUUUUAUCCUUCAUUGCUUUUGAAAGACAAUAUUUGUAAAGAUUUUUCUUACAAAGUAUAUGUUUUUACCUGUAUAUAUAGGAUAUAUAUCUAGAAUUAUAAUGAAUUGUAUUUUUGCCAGAAGGUCUUUAUUAUUGAAGUCAAAUGUCUGCGCACAAGUAGAAAUUAGACACCAACUACAACCGAUGUCGAUGUAUUUGGAAAUUUUGCAUUUAAUUAAUUGAAUGUCUUAAGUCCUGUUUACAGUAUGUUAGUAUGUCCAGGUUUGCCUUUAGCAUUUCCAGUAUGUGACAUACAUUAUGUGUAUAUAUUUAUCUGUUGACUCUUGAUGUGGUAUUGUAUAUUGCUCUUUACAUACUGUAUUUAAUUCACAUCUCAAGAUUGUGUUUUUAAUGCAAAAAGAGAUAGGUUUAUUUUCCAUCUAUUGCUUUGUACUUGUGAAAUAUAAACACAUUCUGUCUUUUAGACGACAAUUAUGACAAAUUGCAUUCUGCCAGUAUUAAAAAAUGUAUUUGUUUUUAUAGCAGUCUGUCAAAAUAAUGCAGGUUGUUUUUGUUACAUUUUCUGUGUUUUCCUAUUGAAAUACCACACACUCUAAAAGAAUAUAGCAAUUCAAACCUUAUCCCUAGACAUUACAGGCCUUUGAAAAACUCAAUAAUUUCUGUGCUGAAUUGGUUCUUAUUUGCUUAAUUAACCCAUGUGCUGCACAUCACUUUGAUAAUUAAGGAAUUAUUGAGUCAAAGUAAUCCAGGUGCCAAGUUUGACUAGUCCCUUAACUAUAGGAAAAGUAUUCUACAAGGAGCCCACUGAAGCACUGAGAAGAAUUCAUAAUCUGAUUUUGUAUCUAAUCAGACUGCUUCCUAGGAAAGCUUUCAAGUUUUCAAUAGCAAGAAUAUCGUGGUGUCCCGUAAUAGUCAGGGGCAACAUAGUAUUCAAUGUUCCUGCAAAUUUACUGUGUUGACACUGUAAUGUGCUGUAUAGUCUAAUUUUUGAGAAUGCAAUAAAUACAUUCAUUCAAAGCUUGAAUAAAGUGACUAUGACGUGAGUA